AAUUUUUUAAGAUAAAAUGGGUUUCACUCCACCUUUAAAUAUUUUAUUAUAAAUUUUAUAAUUAAAUAUUAUCAUAUAAUAAAUAAUAACUCCAAAAAAAUAAAACAUGAAAGCUACCCAAUUCACACUCUAAAUAAUAUUGUUGCUGAGCUUGUGCUUUGCUGAAAGUAAUAACUUCAAAGGUUAAGGAUAGACUAACAAAAGACCUUUCUAGACUUCAUCAGGCAGUCGUAAUUUUACCUCUUGGUUGAAUGGAGUAAAUAUAGCUAAAUCUUUAGAGCAUAUUGCUUAUGUUUCUCAGUAGAGUAUCAACUAAUGGUUAGUAGAUAUCACGAGUGCAAGCUAAAAAUAUCCAACUUUUUGCAACACUGGUAACGAUUUAGCUGAUAAGCAAGAGUUUGCUGCGUUUUUAACUAUUAUUGGAUCAGAAACAGAAUUUUCUUAUGGUUUCCCUUGUAGUCGUGAAUCAGGAUGUCCUGAUUGCGUGCAUUGCUCUUACAAUAGUAGAGGAUUAUAGUGCAUAUAGAAUUAAAAUCUCUAGUAUUAUGGAAGAGGACCAAUCUAACUUUCUUGGGAUUACAAUUACAAAGCCUUUAGUUAAAGCUACUUUGGUGAUGAUAGACUAUUAAAUAAUCCUACUCUCAUGGAAAAUAACCCUGAAAUUUGUUGGGGAUCAGCUAUCUGGUUUUGGAUGAACUAACAAGGGUAUGGAGGAUGGUGUAUGCCAUAAGCAGCAUGGAGUGAGCAUGAUAACUGUAGUGCAAAAUGUCCAAACGGUCCCGAAGGCUGUACCUUAACUUAGUGCACAAAUAAUCACUGGCUACCUUAAAAGGUUGCAAGCUGUCAUGAUGCUAUGCAUUCUUCAGGAUCUAUUGGACAAGUAAUAAACAUAGUUAAUGGUGGUUACGAUUGUUGCCCUACUACAACUUACUUCACCAAUUUUGGACACACUCUUAAGAGAGUAGAAUGGUGGGGAACUAUUCUUUAAAAUUGGGGUUUAGGGUUACCAUGGAAUAAUUUGAAACCAGUACCUGUAAACGAAUGCCCAAGAGCCGUAAAUCACAUUGACUGUACUUAACUAUUAACAAACUAAUGGUGUUGGGGUUGUUGUAGUGAAAUAUGAAAACAUUAAAAAAACUUUAAUUUCGAUAAAAAUAAAAAAUUAAUUAAUUUUUUUAGAAUUUGUUUGAUUUUUUUAUACUACAUUAGUAAGAUAUAAUAUUUUAUCCUUUUUUUUAUCUUUA